CUUCCAAGCAUGUCGUCCCCGGACGGUCCGCCUUCGCCGAUGAAGGAGAAGGUUGACCUGGCCAAGGAAAAGGCCGCCGAGUAUGCGGCGAUUGGCAAAGAGUACGCGGCGGCAGGCGCACAGAAGGCAAAGGAGCUGGCGGGCAAGGUGCUGGCCAAGGACGAAAGCGGUGGUUACCUUGUCGUCAACGAGGCCAAGGCGCGAUACCAGGCUAUUGCUGCGCGCGGCGCUGCCUUUUCAAAGGACAUUCUGGACAAGGCCGACAUCUCGCAGGAGGACCUGUCCAAGCUGCACCGCAUACCGGCGGUGGUGUCGCUCGCCUCGCUCGUCAUCGGACUGCUGCUCAUCUUUUCUCACUACAAUACGGGGUGGGUCAGGGGCAUGAUGUGGAUCAAUGGGGAGGUGCGCCCGCAGCGCAAACGCCCGAC